AUUUUCAAUAUUCAUUAAACGUAAUGCGAAACGGUGUUAGAAUUACAAAAAUAAAAUAUAAAUAUUUUCUCUAGUUUAACUUUUUAAACAACUGUUUGAGGUUUGCUAGUAGCGAUUUUGUAGAAACUGUUGCUGUAGUUGAGAAUUAACGCGAGUGAUGCUUGUUUUUUACAAGUUAUAAUCUACCAUUCUUACGUGAAAAAGAAAAGUAUUUUUUUCACGUCGCAUGUAGUUCCGAUAAAAAAUAUUGUAAGACAAAUGAGAACUUACUAGUUGUUACAUGUAACAUUUAUUGAGUUCAUUGUUUCGUCGUGAUUACCACUUACGUGUCUACUAAUUGGAAGCCAACUGAAUAGAAUAAAAAGUAGAGUUUUACCGAGUGUAAACAUCGCAUUCCGCCCCCUAUCCCAUAAAAUGCUAUUUAUCAACGUCUCAGUGCUCCAAUUCGAUAGCUGAUAAGUCCUUUAGGCCAAGACCAGUAAUAACUACUAUUCGGAAAGUGAACGGAAUGGAAAAGUUUCCUUUGAAGGGAACAAAUCUUUCCACAUCAUCAUCGGUGGUCAGUGCUCAUCCACUUAGCGGAGAUCUUCCUUCUUAUCAGUCGGUCAACAAAAAGACUCCUCCAUCGUCGUCGGCAAAUGAGAAAAAUUUCAUAAAUACAACAACACUUUCGACACUAUCGGACGACGAAAUGAUUGAUAUUACGCCAAGCAGUGUCACCAAUCCCAACUAUCAGUACCAUUCUGCGUCAAACGGGAGCCACCGGGAAGAUGGGAUGGAUAACAACAGUUCAGGCAUAACUGGAAGCGGUCUAGGCGGAGGGCUGCAUGCUGGUAGCGACAACAGUGUACGGACUUCUCCCACACAUCCCAGAUUCGGGCGAGAUUUCCAUUCGGAUCAUGAAGGCAUCUCCUUCUCUGGAAUGACUGACACCAGUGAUGAUAUUCCUGGCAUUGGCCAGUACGAGGAUUUUCACACGAUAGAUUGGCAGCGAGAUAUCGCUAGAGAUCGCAUGCGGCACAGAUAUAUUGUGAAGAAACGACAGGAUUCAAUUUGGGAUCUGAUAAAGGGUGCACACGAUGCUUCAUCGGGCUGGGUUUGUGUGCUGUUGGUGGGUCUAUUCACGGGUUGCGUUGCCGGUCUCAUCGAUAUCGGUGCCAGCUGGAUGACGGACCUGAAGUUUGGAAUAUGCCCACAGGCCUUUUGGUUGAAUCGAGAACAAUGCUGCUGGUCUUCGAAUGAAACUAGCUUCGUCAGUGGGAACUGCUCUCAGUGGUACACGUGGUCGGAGAUCAUAGCUUCGUCUCGAGAGGGGGCGGGUGCUUACAUCAUAUCAUACUUUUUCUACAUCGCGUGGGCAAUGCUGUUUGCACUACUGGCAGCAUCUUUGGUGCGCAUGUUUGCACCAUAUGCGUGUGGUUCCGGUAUACCGGAAAUUAAAACAAUCCUCUCCGGAUUCAUAAUUCGCAGCUACCUGGGAAAAUGGACGUUAAUCAUCAAAUCCGUCGGCCUAAUACUGUCAGUAUCAACUGGCCUUAGUCUUGGCAAAGAAGGUCCCAUGGUUCACAUAGCCAGUUGUAUAGGAAACAUACUGUCGUAUUUGUUCCCAAAAUACGGCCGCAAUGAGGCUAAAAAACGCGAAAUCAUUUCAGCAGCAGCUGCAGCUGGCGUGUCUGUUGCUUUUGGAGCGCCUAUCGGAGGUGUUCUGUUUAGUUUGGAGGAAGUUUCCUACUACUUUCCACUAAAAACGCUAUGGCGAUCAUUCUUCUGUGCAUUGAUAGCCGCCUUCAUACUGCGUUCAAUUAAUCCCUUCGGCAAUGAACAUUCGGUGCUCUUCUAUGUAGAAUAUAACAAGCCGUGGAUCUUCUUCGAGUUGGUGCCUUUCAUCGGACUGGGAGUUAUUGGGGGCGUCAUUGCUACACUGUUUAUUAAAGCCAAUCUGUGGUGGUGUCGGUUUCGUAAAUAUAGCAAAUUGGGACAGUAUCCUGUGACCGAAGUGUUGAUCGUCACGUUGAUAACGGCAAUUAUCGCGUACCCGAAUCAUUAUACACGCAUGAAUACUAGCGAGCUAAUCUAUUUGCUAUUCAGUCAGUGUGGAAUCUCCAACAGGGAUUAUCUCUGUGACUAUAAUCGUAACUUUACUGACGUUAACUCCGCAAUUGAAAUUGCUGCCGCUGGUCCAGGUGUAUACAAAGCAAUCUGGUUGCUUACGUUAGCUCUAGGAAUGAAGCUCGUGAUGACAAUAUUCACGUUCGGCAUGAAAGUACCAUGCGGAUUGUUCAUCCCGUCUCUGGCGCUUGGAGCAAUUAUGGGACGCAUCGUUGGAAUAGGAAUGGAACAGUUAGCUUAUCACUAUCCUAAGAUUUGGAUAUUUUCCGGGGAGUGCUCAACUGGCGAAGAUUGUAUCACACCAGGAUUGUAUGCUAUGGUGGGAGCGGCCGCUGUAUUGGGAGGAGUCACACGAAUGACAGUGUCUCUGGUGGUCAUAAUGUUUGAGUUAACUGGAGGUGUACGAUAUAUCGUACCCCUUAUGGCUGCUGCAAUGGCGUCGAAGUGGGUUGGCGAUGCACUAGGAAGACAGGGCAUCUAUGACGCACACAUAGCACUCAAUGGUUAUCCCUUCUUGGACAGCAAAGACGAGUUCCAGCAUACGACGUUAGCGGCCGAUGUGAUGCAACCAAAACGUAAUGAAACACUUUCGGUGAUCACUCAGGACUCAAUGACCGUGGACGACAUUGAGACCCUUUUGAAAGAGACUGAACACAACGGUUUUCCAGUGGUUGUGUCGAAAGAAAACCAAUACCUCGUUGGGUUUGUUCUAAGAAGGGACCUUAAUCUUGCUAUAGCAAACGCCAGACGUAUGAUUGACGGCAUCGCUGGUCAAUCGUUGGUGAUAUUCACCUCGGCACAGCCUGUGCAAAAUCUUGGCCCAUCCCCACUGAAGUUAAAGAAAAUUCUUGACAUGGCACCAAUCACGGUAACGGAUCAGACACCGAUGGAAACAGUUGUCGAUAUGUUUAGAAAGUUAGGUCUAAGGCAAACGCUCGUGACGCACAAUGGGCGUCUGCUGGGUGUGAUUACCAAAAAGGACGUACUACGACACGUCAAACAGAUGGAUGACGAAGAUCCGAAUACGGUUUUGUUUAACUAGAAUAAUUGGCUUCCACUCACUAUUUUGUUCUUUACUUAAAAACCCAAUUUUUCUACUAAGUUCAUUUCGUUAAUUAAUAUUUAUUAUUUAAACUUCAAAUCAAUCUGAAAAUUAUACAGGAACAAACGUUAAAUGAUACCGGUAAAAAACACACAGUUUUACUUCUGAUAUUGAUAUAUUUAGAGUACAGUUUUGAUUUUAUUAUUUACUAACGACCAAAUUAAGUUCGCCAAUGCGAAGUGAACAAACCAGAUAGUCGCAUUACUCAUAUUUACAUAUUUUUGUUAUCGAAUUUACUAUAGUUGCAUAUUCCUGUUUAUGAUUUGUUAGAAUUGAGCGUAAAUAUUUGAAUCCGUUGAAUCUGAUUGUUUAUUGAGUAUUAGAAGCAGAUAGGCUGUAUGUAGGAAAUCAACUCCAUUAAAGAAAUUUUAUACAUUGUUAGCCAAGUUUUUGUAUUAUAUAUUAAAGCAGGUCGGCAAUCGGUGAGGCAUCGAAUGCAGUUUUGGCCUCUUGUUCCUAUCCAAAUUGUAAACAAAAUGAGAAUAAAUUGCAAAAUUUCACUGUAAAGAAAUCCGCGGUAUCAUUGAUAAUGCAAUACAGUCGAGAGGAACGUAAAACAACAGAUAAUAAAGUUGUAUAUUUAUGUAAUAAA